UUACAGUUCUCCCUCUUGUCUCCCUCAAUCUCAUCCCCACAAUUACUGAGCUGGUGAUCCUUUCCUUUCAUUUAUGCCCUUUUCCCAGUACUCCAGAUGACUCUUAAAACGUCCGCCACUACCGCUUUAGCGAAGCAGUUAAACUGCUUGGCCCAUUUAAACGGGAUUUCAUGCUUUGCCACUCGCACCACAAUCCCAACUAUCACGUUGCGGGGCCAUCAGCAGUAUUGCAGAGCAAAGAAUUCCCGGGAAACUACAGCUUCGGUAUCCUCUCGAGCCACCCAUUAUCGUUCGUUCAGCACUCAUUCUACUCCAGCACUAUUCGAAGCUUCUUGUACACAGCGUCACUACUCAGCUUAUCAUAUCAAAGAGUCAACCGAAGAAUUACUGUUUCCUUCUUUACCAGUCGUUGACUUCUUUGCUAACGAAUGUACGAAAUCCAAGCCAUCCUAUGUCUUUGCUCACGGAGCUUCAGGGUUUGCAAAGAGAGGCCGCAAUGUACCCUAUCCGAGCGACGAUUACUAUUACAGUGUGCAAAUAGGCGAAGAUGCCUAUUUUCGACGACCGGAUGCAUUAGGUGUGGCUGAUGGUGUAGGCGGCUGGAAAGGAACCAAGUCUGCAAACCCAGCAUUGUAUUCCCGAAAUUUAAUGCAUCAUGCGUAUUUGGAACUGGAAAAGUUUGAAGACGUCGAAGAUCCGCGUUUCUAUCAGUACGAUGAAGCCGACCCGGUCGAUAUACUGGAGCGUAGCUAUGAAGAGUGCAUGCAGCUGGCUGAACAAGAGGGUAUUGUCGGCUCUUGUACAGCAUGCCUAGCUAUUUUGCGCCAUGAUGAAUUACGAAUCGCAAAUUUAGGCGACUGUGGCAUAUCGGUGAUUCGUCACAAUAAUUAUAUUUUCCGCAGUGAAGAACAACAACACUCCUUUAAUUUCCCUUAUCAGCUUGGCACAAGCUCUCCGGAUCGCCCGAAAGACGCACAGACUUUCACCAUUCGGGUUGAAAAAGGCGACAUUGUCAUCCUCGGUUCAGACGGCCUCUACGACAACCUGUUUGAUCGCGAAAUAUUAUCCAUUGUUUGUUCGCAAUUGGCUCCUUACACCGUUCCAGCUAGCGGAAGCAACCCGUCCAAGAGGCUUAAUUUCGAGCCGCAGCGCUUGUCCGAUGCACUGGCUGACAAUGCCAGGCUUGUCAGCGAGAAUCGACGCCAUGUCAACAGCCCGUUUCAGAAUCGCGCCAUGAAGGAGGGAUUUUAUUUCCAAGGCGGAAAGGCAGAUGAUAUUAGCGUUAUUGUGGCUGUCGUUAAAGAUUGCGAAGACUCGCCAGAUCGACGGUUAUGAGCCUUUUGGGUAUUCUUGGUCUGUUCCAUCGCAAACAAACAUUCAAUGGACGUAUAACCUCUAUUCGUCCCUGCAUUGUAAAUAGCAUAUUGAUCGCUGCACCAAGGGUUUCAACGGAUCCGCAGGAUUUCAUAUCCAAUGGAACCUCUUCUUUUCUAUUCUUCUGUAUCUCCUCUUCAUUUUUCUCAAGCUCGCCCAAAACACCGACACACGCACACACAUACACACCUAAUCCAUUAUCACAUCAACAGCCAUCAGCCACCAUAGAACGAUGGGUUUCAUAAUUUAUAAUGCAUUAUGAAAGUAGGCAUUACCGAUCGUAUAGGCAAUAAAGCAUAAAGGAUUCCAUUCAAAAA